ACGCCCGUACUCAGCGUGAGUAUGAUGAGAGCCAUGUUAUUACAGCACGCAGGAUUGAACAGAGUCCUACAGGGGAGUAUCUGGUACCAGAUUCCAAGGAGUUGGGAUGCGUCAGAUACUGCGUGGUGUAUGACCGUGAGACCAGCUCUUUGGAUUGCUGUGACUAUGAGGAAGAGGAGAAAGAAAAAGGGAGCAGCGCUUCUCCAGAGACUGAAAACACUGACUCACGUUCUGUAUGUUCACAGAAUGCUGAGGAAGGCACGGCGGUCCGGCAUGCCAGGAGCUUAGAGCACUUCACUCGCCAUCCCGUGCUCGUCCUGCGGGGAGGAUACAAGUGCUUUUCAGCUCGCUAUCAUUUUCUGAGGACUCAGAAGAUACUGUGGAUGCCUCAGGAACUAGACAACUUCCAGCCAUACCCUGUAGAAAUACUGCCUGCAAAGUUAUAUAUGGGCAAUUUCAAGCAGGCCUGUGACCAACGGAUUCAGAGAGAUCUGAAGAUCAAAGCACAAGUCAACGUCUCUGAAGAGCCUGCCACACUGUUUGAAGAAGGCAGCAAAUACCUCCAUAUAUCUGUUCCAGAUUCACUUGAAGCGGAUCUUUUGUCUACCUUUGCCACCAUUUGUCAUUUCAUAGACGCUCAGCUGGAUCGUGGAGCGGUGCUGGUCUUCUCCAGCCUGGGGAUAAGCCGGAGCAGCGCAGUAACCAUGGCUUCCCUGCCAGUUUUCCCUGAAGCUCUGGAUGACGUAAGGAAAAUCACGAAUGACGUCUGA